GCAAAAACGUCCUCGAUGACGGGAGAGUCCGUCCCCCGCUCCUAUAAAUACCAGCCUCUGGUGAGAUGCGAACAGCACAAGCCGCAAUUAGCAGCGACCUUCCGCAAAAAAAGCAGAGCGCACGUCCCGUUCCGAUUCAGAGGUCCAGACAGUUUGCGAGUUCCCCCCCUGCCCUCUCCUCUUCCUCCUCCUCCCGUCGUCUCCCGAGUCCCGGCGAAGCAGGCGAGCAUGUGCCCCACCGGCAAGUACCUGGGGCUCGACCUCUCCGCCGCCGCCGUCUCCGGCGCUGGCGGCGACCUGAGGCCGGCGUUCGACGUGCUUGACGCGGACCGGGACGGCCGCAUCAGCCGGGAGGACCUCAAGUCCUUCUACGCCGCCGCGGAGGGGCCCGCGGCCGGCGAGCGGUUCGACGACGACGACCUCGCGGCCAUGAUCGCGGCCGCCGACGCCGACCGCGACGGUUUCGUGCAGUACGACGAGUUCGAGCGCCUGCUGGCCAGCCGCGCCGCCGCCGCCGCGGGAGGCGCCGGGCGCCGCGCCGCCAUGGAGGACGCCUUCCGGCUCAUGGACCGGGACGGGGAUGGCAAGGUCGGGUUCGAGGACCUCAAGGCCUACCUCGGCUGGGCCGGGAUGCCCGCGGCGGACGAGGAGGUCCGCGCCAUGAUCCGCGUCGCCGGCGGAGGGGACGGCGGCGACGAAGGCGUCGGGCUCGAGGCGCUCGCCAGAGUGCUCGCGGUCGACUUGGAAGGCAUCGCCGUUUGAGAGCUCCGUUGGCUGGAGAGCAUCGGGCUUAGUAUUGUACGGAGUUGAUUCUUUAUCUCGGGCUUUUCGGUUGGUGAGCGUGGUGCGUUGUCUGUCGAUUGUCUUUGGCUGACUGGCUGGUUCAAGAGGACUUCUGAAAACGAGAUUUAAAAAGUUCGCAUGCGCGUUAAUAAUGCCCCUUAGAGCAUCUCCAAGAGCUUGGUUAAAAUGA